AUGCCUCCAGACACAUCACAUCCCACAUGCCCACAUGGCAGGAACAUCAGAAUGUGCACUGACUGUCAAGAUCGCAUCAUUCCGCCAAAAGUGCCCAUACCUAGACAACCUAGAGCUUUGCCAUCAAGAGCCUCAGCGGAGGAACCGUCUUCAACGAAGGUCCAGGCCAAACGUGGCCCCCCUCAGCAAGGCCAUACUGAGGGAGAUGACUUGAACAUGCCACCUGCUAAACGCUCUCGAAAGAGAAGGCAGAACGAAAACGGCGAGACCGCCAAAAACAUCAAGAAGGAAGUCUGGAAGUAUAUUGACUUCACGCUAUCGAAUUUGGAGAAGGCGAAGAUUCCCUUUACAUGCGCAGUCCAGGUGGAUACCCAGAUUUUGGAUCACAGGCAAGUUGCAAGAGGCAGACGAGAGUUCGGGCUGAACCAAAUGGAACGUAAUCAAUAUCGAUACAAAAACAUGUGCAUGAUCUGUACUCCGAUAUCCAAAAUUGGAACGAACAAGGAGGAGUGUAGCCAAAGGCGCUCGAAAGCCGCAACCGAUACACGGCCAUCUAUGCUUGACCAAUGGAGCUCGUCGGUACCUUUGCCAAAGACAAUCGCCAACUCACCAUAUUCAAUGUUUGACGAGUCGGCUGUGCCCAUCGCAAAGCCCAUCAUCGAAGAUACGAAAUUAGCAUUACCUCUUUUGCCCAAACAGUGGACCGAACUUCCAGUAUCCUCUAGACCAGCGCCUGCUGUAAUAGACCGGCUGAAGGAAUCUGUUGUGGAAUUGUCAGACUCUGCCUUCGAGAGUCCCGCGUUUCUGGCUAAGCCGACGAUACCGAUUUCAAUGCCCAGCUCAGCCGAUGAUAAGAAAUCAGAAUCAAAGGACACAGACUAUGACAGUCAUGGUACGCCUGACUGGAUUGAUUGGUCUCAAACCGCCUCAUCGCAUACGAUUCCUCCCAAUCGCGGGCAGGUAAACACUCAUCCCAUCGUUCACGCACCGCAUAACUACAACUGGGGGUUCUCCCAAGGUUCUCCUCAGUCCUUCCGCCUUCCCUUUAUCAAGUCAACGAGUGUGUUUGACGAUGCUAUGAAUUCUCUGUCCCAGAGUGUAGCUGGUAUGAAUAUGGGCGUUCAAUCGUGGAAGUGA